AUGUCAGAGCAGCGACCUCCGCUCACCCAAUCUCUAUCCCUCUCGGAAUCCUCGUCUACCAGCACCUUUCCUAGACCCCCGAAGCGUCGUUACACUUCUGUACAGGAGAGCGAUUUCUUCACUCAAAGCGCCUCAACUUUCUAUCCCCGGCCGUAUACCCAUGUCGACCGCGAGCGUGGCGACAAGUCUUUUAUUGCGCGAAGUGCCCGAGCUAUAGAUAAUCUUGGUCUCAAUACUCGAGGCACGGAUCCUGAUCCCACAGAUCCAAGAACCUUUAUUAUACAUCCCCCUUUCACAACCUUCCCCGGUUCUGAACGCUACCCCGAGGGCCUCACGUACCAGUUACUCGCCGACAAUCCCGAGUGGUUUCUUGACGCCCUCGACUUUGUCUCUACUACCGCCGAUAGCUCCACAGCGACGCCAUACCCUCCUUCACUCGAACCCCCGAGAGGAUGGUGUCCUGCCAAGAAAAAGGAUCUCAAGAACCGUGGGGCCGACGGUUGGCCUGAAGGUGAGGAGCCGAGGCUCCGCUGCACAUUUUGUCGCCGCACAUAUGCUGGAGUAAAUGCUCGAAGUAUGUGGCGGAGGCAUGUCUACGAGAAACACAAGAUCGCGAUGUCUAAUCGUCGUGACGGCGGCGACAAACCCCGGGGACGUGGUUCUAAUAAAGAAAAUCGUGGCGGCAGUCAGAAGGGGCUACUUGAUUUCGACGUCAUUGCAACGAACGAAACGGCAUCACAAGGUUCCUCGUACAAGUCUACGUUUCGCUCCUCGGGACCUGCUCGGCACCGUAGUAGCAGUCCCAGUGCCCAACCCAAAUACCGCGCCGCUUCGUCGUCCCAGAUAUCUCAAGACACAUUCAUGUCCUCUGACGACAGCGGGCCCGCACCGCCGGUCUCACAACCUAUGUUGUCCUCUGUCAGCCCUCCGCCCAGCCCCCCAUCGCCUCAACUGGUCGAUAGCGACACUUCUUUUGAGACCUCUACCUCCAUUCCAUCGCCUCUGCCUAACUUGCCUAUCAUACCUCCUUCACCUUACAACCCACUGCAGACGCCGUCAUUCAAGCACUCGCCUCCCCGCCUUCCUUCUGACCAGCCAUGGCGAUUCCCUAGUCCCAGCCACCCUUUACACUCCGUCACACGCGAGGUGUGUUUGAGCACUCUAGCCGGCAACUUGAUAAAGAGUCCAUCCGUGAAGUCGUCUCCCUCCGAUGGCUCAAUACCCGCAACGCCAGAUAAUUUUGCCAAAGGCUAUCGACGAUCGCCGAAGACAUUGUUUACUAAUUCUGACAAGAUUUCAAGAUUCCCCUUUGCGACCCGGCUACGGUUGCGCUACGAAAUCGACUCCUCUCCGUUGCGACAAAGCUCAAAGUUUACGAAACACAUUUCGUCAUCGCAAGUGCCAUCUUCAGAUGACUGGCCUUCUGAUACUCUUGUGCUUGAAACAAUUUCUCCUGAACGCGAUCCUUUCACAAGGACUUGGAAAUCAACUUCAGGAGGUACCGUGCCAGGGGGUGAUUCAGCUCCCCCCUUGUCGAUCCCUGAUGUGGACAGUCCUGUCGUGCAUAAACACAUUGGCUCGAAAGCUGCCAGUGGUGGUCCUACCCUCGCUGGACUGGGUGUCGGACUUUUGGAACCGUUCAGACUCCCAGAUGAUUCAGAUUCACCCGUGGACGAUAUUGAUUUCGAAACUGAGGAGAAUUCCCCGGUCGACACCACGGCCGUUAAGACUGGAAUGGAUCUAGGCCAUAUCUUUACCCCGCCCAGCAAGAGACGAAAGACGUGA